UAGUGGCCCGAUAGAGACGCUAACACGCGCUCACUUACCGCAUCCUCCCCUCCUCCCCAUGUAGGAGAUGACACAUGGGGUCUCAGCAUUCCUCCUCUGCCCGUACAUUUUGCCAGCGAAAGAAGGAUGACAGCCCGGAGGACUUGCUGGCUGAUAGAGAGCAGGAGGAAGCCAUCGCUCAGUUCCCCUAUGUGGAAUUCACUGGGAGAAAUAGCAUCACCUGUCACACAUGCCAAGGCGCGGGCUACAUCCCAGCAGAACAACUCAAUGAGUUGGUGGCUUUGAUCCCCCACAGUGACCAGAGGCUGCGUCCUCAGAGAACUAAACAGUAUGUUCUCCUGUCAGUCCUGCUCUGUCUCCUGGCAUCCGGCUUGGUGUUUUUCUUCCUGUUUCCACACUCGGUCCUCGUGGACGACGAUGGCAUCAGGGUGGUGAAAGUCACAUUUAAUAAAGAGGACUCCCUUGUGGUGCUUCAUGUCACGGCCACCCUGAGAAUCAGGAACUCCAACUUCUAUUCUGUGGCAGUGACCAACCUGUUCAGCCAGGUUCAGUACAUGAAAGCCGUGGUCGGCACAUACGUGACCACUAAUGUCUCGCUCAUCCCCCCUCGGAGUGAGCACCCGGUGAAGUUUACAGUGAAGGCUGAGGUCGGAGGACCGUCUUCCUAUGUGUAUUUCUUCUGCACGGUACCUGCCAUCAUGGUACACAACAUCGUGAUCUUCAUGAGGACUUCUGUGAAGAUCUCAUACAUUGGCCACAUAUCCCAGAGCACCUUGGAGACACAACACUAUGUGGAUUGUGGGGCGAAUUCCACAGCUGUUUAGAGCCUGACCUUAGUUCUCCCGUGGCUACACCUGUAGAAAGAAGCUGACAUCUUCCCACAGCCCAGCACCUGUGCUGACCCCGCACGGUGUAAGCAGAGGAGGAAGCGGUUCUCUUAACCCAGAGAAAGCAUCCUUCCGCACUUAGGAGAGAGCUGUCUUCACAGCACUUUGUGUUUUUCUUGGAACCAGCAAAAUCACUGCCCAGUGCCUAGUCCGUGCCUAGCAAUAGCACUCAAUUCCGGCUUGAAGAGUUGAAUUCAGACGUUUGGGCUGUUAUUGAGUCAUUAUAAUAAGUUGAGGUGAACCAGGGUUCUAGCUUUUCAGACCAGAGGGACGUGAAGGUGGGAUGUCGGUGCAGCUGUGGGUAUAUGGAUACCACAUGCCGGUGCACAGAAGCACAGCAA